AUGGCCUUGGGCGACCUGUUGUUGCCCGGUCAACCGAUCGCCACGACGCGCGAUGCCGCGCCUGGUGAAGGCACGUAUGUGCGUGAAGGCUAUGUGAUAUCGAGCUUGAUUGGACGUCGAUCCUCGGGGGAGGAGCGGCAAGCUCAGGUGCAAGGUACGCAGCUCCCCUUGGCGCUGCCGCAGACAGGCAGUACGGUGAUAGGCCGCGUCACGCGCGUGAACCCACGCCAGGCGAACAUUUCGAUUCUCGUCGUCGAUGGAUUGCCGUGUGGCGGUGUCCAGGGCACGGCGGUGGGUGCGUAUAGCAACCGAGCGGCCGGCGAAGGGAUUGAUGGCAGCGACUUUCAGGGCAUUGUGCGGGCGCAGGAUGUGCGUAGCACGGAGAAGGACUCGGUCGUGUUGGUGGACUGUUUCCGCCCCGGGGAUAUCGUGCGUGCUACGGUCAUUUCGCUGGGUGACGCGCGCUCCUACUAUCUGUCGACGGCGCACAAUGACCUGGGUGUGGUGCAUGCGACGACCUGCGGGCCGACGCGGUAUGGAUGGGCGCCAGCGGAGCAUGUCUUGCAGCCGAUUUCGUGGUGCGAGAUGGCCGAUCCUGUGACGGGCCAUGUCGAGCGCCGCAAGUGUGCCAAGCCGGACUGGCUGCGUGCCUAG